AAACGAAAUGCAGAGGCACUGAGGUAGUGUGUGCUUCACCGCUUCUUUCUAUCUAAAUCAAGAAAUCAAAGUAGCCGAAGAAUAAACCAAAAGCAAUCAAUCAAUGGGUUACGUCGCAGGAAGCUCUCUACUUCCGCAGUAUCUCCACCACUCUCUUUCUCCUCCAUCUUCAUGUUCCUGUUCUUCUCAGUCUACUUUGUGUUUCGUAAAGAAUGCUGUGACCAAGGGAAAGAGCAGAGCCACCGUGGCCUCUCUGCGCCAAGAUGAUCGAGGCGACGCCAUGUUUAGUCAGAGAAGGGUCUUUCUCUUCGUGGGUCUUUCAGUUCUUCCGUCUUUGAGACUCAGGGCGAGAGCUAUUGAAGAUUUGGCUAAAAGUGAAGAAAGUGGGCUAAAGACAACAGAGGAGAACCAGAAAGCAGAGCAAGCACUCCAAAGAGGCUCGUCAUCAAAUCCAAUUUUGUCCCUCCUAAAUGGGCUUGGUAUAUUUACUGCUGGUAUGCUUGGUGCACUCUAUGCAUUGGCGCAGAAAGAGAAGAAAGCUUCUGAUGCAACAAUAGAAUCUAUAACUAAGAAGCUGAAAGAAAAGGAAACUUCAGUUGUGGUAUUGGAAAAGGACUUUGAAUCGAAGCUACUGAAACAAGAGGAAGAAAAACUAAAGCAAUUGAGAAAGGAAAAGGAAGAACAGCAGAACUUAAUCAACAGGCUCAAUUCAGCUAGCAGUGUAAUUACGGGUUUAGGGCAGGAGCUAAAAAAUGAGAAACGAAUAAUUGGAGAUCUUAAAGUCCAGUUUGAGAGUUCACAAGACAAACUAGCUGAGGCUGGGGAGGAAAAGAAGACGGUUGAGAAGAAACUAAAGGAAAAGCUGGACUUUAUUGGAGGCCUCGAAGAUAAGCUUAAACUGCUUGCUUCAGAGCUCAAGGAAAAGGAAGAUAGUAUUCAAAAUCUCAGCUCUGCACUUGCUGAGAAGGAGUUGGAGUUGGAGAACUUGAGUUCUACCCAUGAACAAACUAAAAAUGACCUUGUCGAAGCAGAUAAUGAAAUCAAAGGAUUAAGAGAUGAACUGGUCAACAAUCGAAAAGAAUUAGAAUCAAAGAACUCGACUGCGGAGGAAUUAAAUGCGAUGGUGAAUUCUUUAACUGUUGAGAGAGAUGAAUGUAAGAAAAGGUUUGAUACCCUUCUGAAAGAGUACAGUAAUCUGGAGUCAAAGUCCAAGAAGAAUGCAGCUUACAGUGCAAAUAUUAUAGGAGAAAUGGAGUCUGAGGUUAACCAGCUAAAGGAAAGGCUUGACUUUGCUUUGAAUGAAGUAAGUGGAAACCAAGCGGCUAUUUCAGAUUUAACCCAGGAAAGGGACGAUCUGCGGCAAAUGCUGGAUUUAGAAUUAAGCAAUGUAAAUAAUCUGAAAGAAGAACUCCAGAUCACUCAGGACAGUUUGGGAAAGUCAAGAAAUGAGGCUUCUGAUCUUACAAAACAACUAAAACAAUCAAAAGACUUGUGCAGGGAGCUUGAGGCUGACAUUUCAAAGGUUAAGGCCGAGUUUGCAGAGGCUAGGCAGACAUUGCAGAAGAGCCUAAAUGAUGAAAAACGAAGUGGUGAAGUGCUUGCUAGGGAGCUAACAGUAACAAAUGAGCUUUUGAAGAAAACUACAGGAGAUCUUCAAGUUUUGUCCCAUGAAUUAAAUGCUGCUGCCGAGGAACGUGCUAACUUGCAGAAGGAAUUGGUAGAUGCCUAUAAAAAAGCUGAAACUGCAGCCACUGACUUGAAAGUAGAGAAAAACACAGUUUCUUCUCUUAGCAAAGAAUUUCAAGCUUUGGAGAAGCAAGUCUUGAAGGACAAGGAGUCUAGGAAAUCUCUUGAAGCAGACCUAGAAGAGGCCACUAAAUCCCUUGAUGAGAUGAACCGAAAUGCGUUGACACUUUCCAAGGAGCUGGACACAGCUUUUUCUCAAAUUUCUAGCCUUGAAGAUGAGAAAGAGGUGCUUUACAGAACCCUCACAGAGCGGAAGAAUGCAUCCAAGGAGGCCCAAGAAAAUAUGGAAGAUGCUCACAACCUUGUCAUGAGGCUUGGCACGGAAAGGGACACUUUAUUGAAGAAAACAAAGAAGCUUGAGGAUGAAUUGGCUUCUGCAAAGGGUGAAAUAUUGCGCCUACGAAGUCGGGUAAAUUCAUCAAAAGUGCCAGUCAAUGAUCAGCCUGCAGGAAAAAGCCAGGUUAGUUCAUCGAAAGCCCUUGUAAAUAAUGAUAAACUUCCAGGGAAAGGUGAAGCUGAAAGCAAAGUCACAGUUACUGCAAGGAGAAAUAGUAGAAGGAGAAAGACUGGUUCAGAGUCAGAUAGUGUAUAACACAAAAAACCCAAAACCACCAAUUCCCAAUAUCUGAAUCUUCUGUAUUGAGCUUUUUCUUCUGAACAAUAAAAACUUAUCCCUCUCCAACCUUGAGCUAUGACAUGAGGCAGUUGUUUUUGUAUAGAAAGGAAUCAUUGUCUCGCUUGGUUUGAUCAUUGUAGUAAAUGUGUAACAUAAUAAACUUCUUGUCUGUUGAGAUUUUGAAUUGAUGCCAGGUCUUUUUCAGACUGUAGUACUGACUAAAUAUUGCUAUCCA